GACUAUAAGCCCAGAGAUGUAGGUGACUAGACAGUGGGGGGGGGGGGUAGAAGCGCGAUUGUGGGGAGGUGACAGCGUGUGAGACGUACACUCUCCCAGUCACAUUCACACCACCGUAGCUUUCGUUCUCAUUUACCUCGCCCUCUACGAGUGAGACAGAACGUGCCAGGAGAAACCAGAGGUGGAAAGCUUGUGUGCGUGUGCAGGAGCGUAGCAGUAAGUCCGGGGAAUAUGGCUGAGGUCGCAUUGAUGUUGUUCUCGUUCCUCACCCACCCUGCGCCCAUCCAGAACUCGUCCCCUGAGAGUCUCCAGUGCCAGGGUCCCCUCCCUCUGUACCUUCGUGAGCCUUUUUCUGUGACAACACACCACAACCACAAUCAAGACGCUGCCUCACGCUUCAUAAAUGCCACAUUUCCACUCAUGGAUGACAUCAAGUACCUCAGGACGUGGACGGAUAAAUUUAGCGAGAGUCGUCGCGCCUCCCAGACAGGAAACGGCUCUUUCCGUAAGCCGUCUCCGCAGCCACAGGAUGAAGGUGUGCACAGACUAAGCUGGAAACACAUCCCCUCCGACUUUUCGUCGAUCGUCAGCGAUAGAAAUAUAGAGUUUGCUUUCAAUGCCGGAAAUUUAGAAUUCAAUAGAACGGUGACUUUGGAGCAAAUUUUAAAGAAACGAAACCUGUCACUCAACAAAACAUCGGCGCCGGGCGUGCAUCAGAGACUCUUCCGCCGAUCCCAUCCCUUGGCGACGAUCUUCUCGGAACUUGGCUACAUCAUGGACUACUGCACCGUUGUUCUUUAUCAAAUCCUUCUCCAAAGUGAUGACUCCUUGCUCAACGUGACGCCUCCUGAGCUGCAGCUCCUGGGGACAGUGGACACCUGUGAGACGAGGAGAGAGCGAGAGAAGGAAGGCCCCUGCGACCCUGCCAGGCGGUACAGGACUAUUAACGGCACUUGCAACAACAUUCGCAAUCCCAGUUGGGGAUCUGCGUUCUCGCCACUCCGGAGAAUCGUGCCUGCGAACUACGGUGACGGAGUGAUGAGCCUCCGCAGAGCGCAGGACGGGAAGCCGCUGCCCAGCGCUCGUCUCGUUAGUGCCACCAUCAAUUUGAACCGGAAAAGCGCCGCCACUUGCUUCUCUUUCCUCCACCUCACCUUCGGCCAGUUUGUCGACCAUGACAUCACCAGCACACCAGUUGCCAAGGGUGAGGGCGAAGAAACGAUCCCUUGCUGCAUUGACGAGGUGAAGAAUGAUCCAAGACUAUUUCAUCCUGAGUGCGCACCCAUCUCCAUACCCUCCGAUGACCCUUUCUACUCCACCUGGGGCGCCACGUGCAUGGAGUUCGUACGCUCACUGCCCGCAGAGAGGUGCCAGAUAGGGCCUCGGGAGCAGGUGAACCAGAUAACUUCAUUUCUCGACGGCUCCAACGUUUAUGGAAGCACGGACGAAGACAGUGAGAACUUAAGGGAGGGGAAAGGCGGACGACUGUUGGUGCAGGUAGCCAAGAACGGUGAGAAUUUGCUUCCCCCCUCCACUGACAGGGAGGACGGCUGCAAUAACGAGGAAAAAUUCAUGCAGAAUGAGUUUUGUUUCAUAGCAGGUGACGAUCGCGUGAACGAACAAGUGAUGCUGACGCUGAUGCACACGGUUUGGGUCCGCGAGCACAACAGGGUGGCGAAACAACUAGAGGCGCAGAACCCAUCCUGGCCAGACAACCUAUUGUUCCAGGAGGCUCGACGCAUAGUGGUGGCGGAGAUGCAGCACAUUGUGUACAACGAGUUCCUGCCAGCAGUGUUGGGAAAAGAGCUGAUGGAAAGGCUGAACUUGCUGCCUCAGAAGGACGGACGAAAGACCAACAGCUAUGAUCCAAACGUUAGUCCCAGCAUCGCCAAUGAAUUCUCUACAGCGGCUUUUCGCUUCGGCCACAGCAUGAUUACAUCUGCCAGAGUGACCGGGAAGCUAUUCCGCGGAGAAAAGCAGUUCGGGAUGGACCUGGUGGCGCUCAACCUGCAACGGGGACGGGACCACGGCAUCGGUUCGUAUCUAAGGUUACGGGAGGCGUGCGGUCUGCCACUCGCCAAACAUUUUCUCGAUCUGAAUCAGCACCUCCUCCCCGGAGCAGUGGAACAGCUAAAAAAGGUGUACAGGUCAGAACAGUGGAGGGAUAUUGACCUGUUUGCGGGAGGAGUAUCAGAGAGACUCAUUGAAGGAGGCCAGGUGGGGCCGACCUUUGCCUGUAUUAUCAGUGACCAGUUUCUGAGACUGAAGAUUGGCGACCGCUACUGGUAUGAGGAGGAAGGACCAGGAGCAUUCACGAGAGGUAAGACGGAGAGGACAGACAGAGAGACAGAGAAGGAGAGGGGGGGAAUGAGUGGUGUGUGUAACAAGGAGUGAUAAAUACAGGAGAGGUGGAUGAGAGAGCGGCAUGUGAGGGGAAAGGACUGUUUUAAGGGGAGU